CCGGAAUGGGCCGUCUUAGCGAAUUUCAAUACACUCAUUGGUCGGAGUGAGGCAGCGUUGUCAAAUCCUGUCCCCGCUGCUUCAUUCAUAACAGGGAGCAACAAUAAACUUUUUAAGUGCAUGUCAGGGAGACGUGACUGGAUUAAAUCUGACAGUGAGCCGUCCAUCAACAUCACACGCAGAGCUCAGCUGCUUAUCAAAUCGUACAAGUGAACAAUUCAACAAAAAGGUUUCUCUGUCAAGAUGUCAAACUCGGGAGGUCGGAGACUGAAGCAGUGGCUGAUGGAACAGAUCCAAAGUGCGCAAUACUCUGGACUUCAGUGGGAGGAUGAAAGCCGCACUAUGUUCCGAAUUCCGUGGAAACAUGCAGGGAAACAGGAUUACAACCAAGAAGUAGACGCAUCCAUUUUCAAGGCCUGGGCUGUUUUUAAAGGCAAGUUUAAGGAAGGAGACAAGGCCGAGCCUGCAACAUGGAAGACCAGACUCCGCUGUGCCCUGAAUAAAAGUCCUGACUUUGAGGAGGUGACUGAGAGGUCACAGCUGGACAUCUCUGAGCCCUAUAAGGUGUACCGCAUUGUACCUGAAGAAGAGCAGAAACAUGGCAAAAGCUCAGUGAUGGCUGUGGCAGCUACCAACUGCUCUGGCGACAUCACAGACAUGGACUGCAGCCCUUCAGAAUUAGAGGAGUUUAUUAAAGAGGAGGAAGGCUGCAGCAUCCAGGCCAGUCCAGAAUACUGGUCCCAUGGCAGCAUCAAUCCUUUCCCAUUGCAUCAGGAUCCUUUACCAUCAGGCACUCUCAGCUCAGCUUUCUCCCAAAUGAUGAUCAGUUUCUACUAUGGAGGAAAGCUCAUGAACACCACACUGGUUACUCAUCCUGAAGGCUGCAGGAUUUCCCCAGCGCAGCACCUGGGUCGCGGCGCCCCCUACAGCUCAGACAGCAUGCAGAGUGUCCAUUUCCCCCCCGCUGAGCUCAUUGAGUACGAGCGGCAGCGCUAUGUCACGCGCAAGCUGCUGGGCCACCUGGAGAGAGGUGUAUUGGUCCGUGCAAAUCAAGAGGGCAUCUUCAUCAAGAGGCUGUGCCAGAGCCGUGUUUUCUGGAGCGGCCUGGGAAAUGUGGGCUCACAAUACAGCCCCAUGCCUGGCAAACUUGACAGGGAUGCUGUGGUCAAGAUUUUUGACACAGGAAGGUUUUUUCAAGCUCUGCAGCUGUAUCAGGAGGGUCAGAUUCCUGCUCCUGAUCCCACAGUGACUCUGUGUUUUGGAGAGGAGCUCAAUGAUCACAGCAGUGCCAAGAGCAAGCUGAUCAUUGUACAGAUCACUGUGGUGAACUGCCAGCACCUGCUGGAAACAAUGAACAUGCGUCGCUCCCAGCCUUACUGCAGCAACCCAAACCUGGAGAUGCCGGAUGAUGUGGCAACUGACCAGAUGGCUCGCAUCUACCAGGACUUGUGCAGCUACAGUGCUCCCCAGAGACCAGCCUGCUACAGGGACAACGUGCCCAUCACGGCCUGAACUGUGAGCAGUAACCACAUCUGACAGCAACCUUUUAGCUUGUAAUAAACUGAAUGUAUAAAAUUUUAGGGACAUUCCUUCAUUUUCUGACACUGAAGAGGUGAUUUCACAGACAUACAGACAAGAAAGAGCACAUCUUUUUUUUUUCUUUUACAGCUGAAACUCAGUAUUAGAAGUCCCUAAUGUUUUGUAUGUAAGUGUUUGCUUUAGUAUACAGACAGAACAUAGAGCUGUGUCUAAGCCUCUGCUUUACCAUAAUUGUGAUCAUACCGCUCAGAGAACAUGCGGUACGUCAUGUUCAAAUUUUCCAUAUCUAUAUAGACUCUUACUCAAACCCUCACGGCAGUAUGACAAAAGUUUGACAUUUGUAGACAGUUUACAUGUCAUUAUCAUCAUCUUUUUUGUUGUAAUUUUAGUAUUUGCUUUUAUGUGUGACAACAAUUUGAAUAAAUAGACCAGAUGGGCAUUUUAUCAGAUGCUUUUCUAUUUUCUACAGUAAAUAAACUGAUUUUUAUAUGAGUUGAGAGAAAUUGCAUAUAAUUUUAGAUGCAAUGUGGUAUUAAAUGGCAGAUAGGUUUUACUAUCAGACUGUUUUAAUGUAAAGACCUUCUUGUCAUUAUUUUUUGUAAACUGCAUUUCAAAUAAAAGUUUUUACUGAA